GAUGGCUGCCUGUGGAAGAAUGCGUCUGUUCUUUACUCCCGAAAAUACAGUUAGAGUGGUUGAGAUGCUAUUUGCAUUAAUCAUAGUUUCUAUAUGCUUUGGAUGGAAAGACAAAGGUGUAAAAUAUUCCGAUUUGAAUAGUGGUGACUAUGAUCAAGGUGGUAACAUUGUUUUCUUUAUGAUGAUUGGCAUGGUGUCACUUCUCUUCUUGCUGUGUGUGAUUAUCUACUCCAUGCUGUGGAUCCCACGAGUCUUUUCACCUUGUUUGGACAUUGUAAUUAGCAGUUCAAUGAGUCUUCUCACAUUCAUCGCAUCUGUUGUUCUGGCACAUUCCCUCUCCAAUUUGGGGAAGUCUCUGGCUGUAAGGGAAGCAGGUUUAAACUUCAGUGCCCUCCAGUCAGCUCUGGUUUUUGGAAUCGCCCUAGCUUUAUUAUUUGCUGUAAGUGCAGCUUUUGCUGUUUGCUUUUACAAGAAGAAAAAUGAGAUGAUGAUGGGUGACCCAAGGAAUAUGGCAGACCUGCCUGAUGACAUACCUACGUGAGGCAACAUUGAAGAUAGAGUUACUGAAAAUAUAUAAAGACAAAAAAAAAUUUAUGCCACAAUAUUAUCAUCAUGGAAUUUAACUAGUUAGUUUGUCUAACAUCCCUGUUAGUCAGGAGUAGCCAAAACUUGUACCAUUAAUUUUUUGUUGUUGAAAAAACUUUGUUUACAAUACACUUAAAACACAAGAUUUUAUUUUAGGCAGAGACAGUUCACUAAAACAUUUUUAGUUUAGAUUUCUAGAUAUCCUUUGCUAAAUCACACCAUUGACUAGCCUCUCGCAGUGAUGCUGUCGUUGGUCUAUAUUAGUUUAUAUACAAAACUAUUUUAGCUAAAUAAUCAAAGUGAUUUUUUUUCAUGUAUACAUAUUCCCUGUGAGAUAAUUAUGUUGUAUAAUUAGUUUCUAUUUACAAUUUUUUGUUGCUAAAAAAUGUGUAAAAAACAUAUACCUCACUAUUUAGCUAUAUUGCUUUUAUAGAAAUUCACAACUGUUUAUUGAAUAGUUCCUGUUUAACUUGAAUGUUUUCUUUGUAUUGAUGUAGUAUUUUAGCUCCUUCAUAAAUAGAUCUGUUACUGUGAACAUCACACCUUUGUGAUGCCACUUCAGUGUUUGUAUAUCUCAGUUUGCACUAUUUAAGUAUUGUGUGUACUGUUACAAUAGUACAUUAGACGUAUGCUGUACCAUCAAACAUGUUAUAUAUGCUCUUUAUUGAGUUAUAUCUUAAAUGAUACUCAUGAUAUUUACUACCUAGAGGCUGAGGUGUAAUGUAACACUUGACUGUUUUUGUUAUGACUUUAUUUAAUGUUCUUUAAAAAAAACUUCAAUCUUUAACAACAAAGUGUAAACAAACCUUUCACUGAAUGCCAUAUCUACACAGUCAGGCUGGCAAGUUAGCCACAAGUUACUUUGACAAAAUGUCUCAGGAUAAAAUGUUCCAUGUUUUUAUUAUAUAUUUUCAUGUAUAGCUUUUCUAUCUAUCUAGCAUUGUCAUGUAGGAUAAAAUAUUUUAUGUUUAGCAUUUCUACUUCCAGCACUGUCCUGAAAUAAAUCUGCCUAUCCUUUGUUCAUUUAAUCUGUAUAAAAUGUUUCCAGAAGCUCUAGACCAGCAACAAAUGGCUGAAGUAUAUGCUGGAUCUUAAGGACAUGAUUUCAACCAUAGAGACAUUUUAACAUGGUAGUUUUCUCCUUCAUGGAAAUCUGUGAAGUACCAAAGUUAAAACUCCUGACAUAGCUCCAGCACUGUGUUACAGAGGUUCUUGAUUAGCUUCAUUGUUUGCUCCAUUUUUUAGUAGUUGCAGUGUUACAUUUAAGGUGUACUUGUUUUUACUUCCUCAUCUUAAUUACAAAAUCUUAAGACCUACUAACAAAACCUCCACAACAGUACAACAGUCUGAAGUUGUAUGACAACAAAAUCUACAGACCUACAUACAACAAGACUAACAAAACCUCCACAACAGUACAACAGUCUGAAGUUGUAUGACAACAAAAUCAACAGACCUACAUACAACAAGACUAACAAAACCUACACAACAGUACAACAGUCUGAAGUUGUAUGACAACAAAAUCUACAGACCUACAUACAACAAGACUAACAAAACCUACACAACAGGUACAACAUUCUGAAGUUGUAUGACAACAAAAUCUACAGACCUACAUACAAGACUAACAAAACCUACACAACAGGUACAACAUUCUGAAGUUGUAUGACAACAAAAUCUACAGACCUACAUACAACAAGACUAACAAAACCUACACAACAGGUACAACAUUCUGAAGUUGUAGAACAAAACACAACUUGUUUUGUUUGUACCAUCAGCAUUUUUAUAAUACCUGAAGCAUUUCUGAUUCUGUGCAAUAUUUUCAUGUUUUUCUAUUGACAAAUUUUUGUUGUUUUAGGACUUUGAUCUCUUGUACUUAAUUUUUUAAAAAUCUCAAUGUGUUGUUUGUAAUGACAUUGAAACAAUCUUAUAUUUACAAUUUUGAUCAACAAUAAAGUCUUGUA